UCACUUCCAGGUCAUCCCGGGGGCCGCAGCCGCGGCUGUAAUUCUUGUCAGAACCUCCCUGCGCAUUUGAGGGAGGUGCUGGAGGAGCUCACUGGUCGGUGGGGCGCGAAGACGCGCGGGGCGCAGAGAGAGGAGCUCUCGGGCUUGUCCUGGGCGCCCACAGUCGUUGGAACGCUCCUGCGGGCGCCUUUCCGGAAAACUGUCUGGAUAAGGUUAUCAUUCAGCGAAUGAGGCAGGGUAGAUGCACGCUGCUGGGUUUAGAAACAAACAAACAAACAAACAACAACAACAAAAAAUGAGCAAGCGAGACGCCCCUUCCGUUUUAUGAGAACUAGGCUGCAAGCAAGUAAGUCGGCUGGCCCCACUGCAAUCUUCUGCACUCGAGCACCAAGAGAUCCUGUUCCUAUCAAUUACAGAAGCCAUAAAGAAAAGUUUUAAGAAGUUAAAACUUUACCAUAAUGAGGUGUUGCCACAUCUGCAAACUUCCCGGACGAGUGAUGGGCAUUCGAGUGCUUCGUUUCUCUUUGGUGGUCAUCCUUGUGCUGCUCCUCGUAGCCGGGGCUUUGACCACUUUACUGCCAAAUAUCAAGGAAGACAAGAUGCUCACUUUGCGUAGGGAAAUAAAAUCCCAGGGCAAAUCCGCCCUGGAUUCCUUUACUCUAAUAAUGCAGACAUACAACAGAACAGAUCUCUUACUGAGACUCUUAAAUCAUUAUCAGGCUGUGCCGUAUCUGCAUAAAGUGAUUGUGGUGUGGAACAACGUUGGGGAGAAGGGGCCAGAAGAGUUAUGGAACUCUCUAGGGCCUCACCCUGUCCCUGUGAUCUUCAAACUCCAGGCAACAAACAGGAUGAGAAAUCGACUCCAGGUCUUUCCCGAACUGGAAACCAAUGCGGUGUUAAUGGUAGACGAUGAUACGCUAAUUAGCGCCCAAGACCUUGUCUUUGCUUUCUCAGUUUGGCAGCAAUUUCCUGAUCAAAUUGUAGGAUUUGUUCCUAGAAAGCAUGUCUCUACUUCAUCAGGUGUCUACAGUUAUGGAGGUUUUGAACUGCAAACACCGGGGUUUGGAAAUGGCGACCAGUACUCUAUGGUGCUGAUUGGAGCCUCAUUCUUCAAUAGUAAAUACCUUGACCUGUUUCAGAGGCAACCUGCAGCUGUCCAUGCUUUGAUAGAUGAAAUCCAGAACUGUGAUGAUAUUGCCAUGAAUUUUAUCAUUGCCAAGAACACCGGGAAGACUUCAGGGGUAUUUGUGAAACCUGUAAACAUGGGCAAUUUAGAAAAAGAGUCCAACGGUGGCUAUCCUGGAAUGUGGCACCGAGCUGAGCACUUUCUGCAGAGGUCUUAUUGUAUAAAUAAGCUUGUUAGUAUCUACGAUAGCAUGCCCUUAAAAUACUCCAACAUCAUGAUUUCUCAGUUUGGUUUUCCCUAUGCCAACCACAAAAGUAAAAUAUGAAACUAAAACAAACAAAAACAAACCUCAAAACUGCUUAGUAUCUGAGUAGCUUCUCUUUGCUAGGGUUGGUGUUUUGUUUUGUUUUUUGGGGUUUGUUUGUUUUUUUAAGCAACAUCACGAACUUUUAUCCACUACAGAAGUCUCUACAAAGGAAAAAAUGUACCAUGCUUCUAGGACAUAGAAUUUACAGGAACUUCAAAAACCAAGAAGCUGGUACUCUCUAGAUAGGUUUUUUUUGCGAGGAAUUUUCAUACACGGAUAGAACUUCUUGGUCAGCGAUUUUAUUGUUUACAUUCUGAGACAGUUCUACAAUUUCUUGGAUUCCUGGCGUUUGCCUUAAGGACCUAUAGCAAGUUGUCUCCAGGAUCAGAAACUUCAGAAAAGCAUUUCUCAGCUUUUUCCCUAAAGGAUGAUUGUUUUCAUUUGAAGCUUGAAAUGCAUCAUUAGCAAAAGCCUAUGGCAUAGAGAAAAGCCAUGUGAGGGGAGAAUAGUCUCAGUCCCUUAUAAAAACAAGUGGAAAACUCAUGACUCUCAGUGCUUUCAUUGUGGUCUUUCCAACCAGCCCUUUCCAGCACUAACUCGGCCCAGCAUGGUUUUGAUGCAACCGUCAGUGCUUUGAUUUUCGUUGAUAAGUCUGUUGUGACUGGGAGAGUUCAUUUUAGUAGCUGAAGGAUGUCUAGUUGUUUGCUUGAUUUUUGUGAAUAUUUACUGCAUGGAUCACAAAAAAAUGCAACCUGUGUUUCUUAUGUGCAACUUCUAUGCAGCAGGGAGCAAAUGUGAUACUGGAUUCAGGUAGUGCAUUUUGUCCCUGAAUCUGACCUUGAGAAGUGUACGUUAAUUCCUAUAUUUUACAGAAACUGUGUGUUGUUUAAGAAACAUAAAAUAAUCUUCUGAAAGAAUGAUUAAUUAGGAACUGAGGAAAGUUACAACCUUUGGUAUGGAAAGACCUUUACUGUUAGGGCAUAGGCUUAUCUCAUGGAUACUAAAGAGUUACGUGUAUUAUACACAAAGUUAAACUCUCGUAUUCAGAGCUGCUGCUGCUUUCUUUUUCUUUUCUUUUUUUUUUUCAAAAAAGACCCAAUGCAUUCAUCAUGAUGAUAUUUUGGUUACAUACAGGAGAAAAAUAACUGAAUCAUAGCAGAGGAAUUUUAUAGGGAGUCUGCAUCGUAAUUGAGCAAGUAAAUUGUUAACUUGCUCACUCUGUUACAUGAAUUAGUAUCUGUGUUCCACAUAGUGUCUGUGUUUGGUCCUUGUUUACAAGAGUAGCAAGGAAUAAUUAAGCUCCUGUAUACCACCUUCUCCUCUUCCUCUUCCCCCUCCUCCUCCCAUAAUGUCACUGUAUUCUCACAUUUGCAAAGCUGUGAAAAUAUUAUAAUAAUCAUGGUUAAUGUUCCAACAAUGAGGUCUAUGUGCAGUUAGUUCAGUAUAUGUUGUUUCUUUACAUUGGCAUGUGUAUGUGUCUUAAUGCAGUCAGAUAAAACCAGUAGAACCCAGAACCUCACUAAAAACCUAUAAUGUUCAUUAUCUGCUUUGGCCAACCUUGGUAGUGAUUUUUAGCCUCUUGGAAUUCACCUGGCAGAUAAAUAAAAUAAACUUCUACCAUGCAGAUGUUCUCUUAAUUAAGCAGACUCACGUUUUUGUGGUCCGUGUUUUUACAAAUUUCUAAAUAUUCUAAUAUAUUGCUCAGGGUAAAGCAGAGGCAUUAGCUACGUUCCCCGGGGUUGGGGGGAGUUCUCCAGUGGGAAAAUAUUCUGAGAUUUUAUUUCCCAUUUUGUGUUCUCAAACUUGUCUUAAGCAUCACAUAAGUUAAUCGUAUCAUGUUUUACAGACAUUAUAGAGCAAAUAUGAUCACAAAGUGAAGUUCAAUCUGUGAUACAGAGACCUUUGCAUUGCGGCUGUGAUUCUACUAAAACUGUUUUCCUCUGUACACCUCUUAUUCUUGCUCCAAAUGAUUGGGAGAAGAGAUGCUGCUCAGGUUUGAAACUGCAUGAGGAAAGCAAUGAACUUAGAGGCUAGGUGUGCCAGGAGAGUAUUUGGACUCAAAUCCUUCCUAGAUCUCACAUUUACUUAACUUCUUGGAGCAUCGGUUUCCUCAUCUGCAAAAAUGAGAGUCCUAUCUACCUAGUGGUUUGCAUUAAGAAAUAGAAGAGCUGUUGGAGUGUGUGACUGCUAAUAAGCGCAGUUAAUUCUACAACUCAAUACCUAGGUAUUAGAAAGCCUCUGGGCCCACCAGGUGAGAUAUUCAAGAAAUUAUUCCUAUGUAACAAUGGGCAGAGAACCAUGGCAAUUUUCAGGUCUUUAUUUCAAAUGCCCCUUUUCUUAUUCUUAAAACCCUACAUACUCAUUCUAGCAAUUUUGGCUUAUUCAGAACAGCAUAAAGGAGAAAUGAAAAGCACACCACCACAUUAACAAUGGCUAGGCGUAUUUGUGUCUAUUCCUCCUGACUUUCUGAAGCAUAUAUUUUAAUAGCAUGAUUUAUUUGGUAUUUCAUUGGAUAGAUAAACUAUAAUUUAUAUAAUCAAUCCUACUACCAUUUUGUUUGAUUUCUUCCUAUUAGGACAACAUUUGGGUAAAUGCCCUUGCCUUUGAGCACAUCUAUAAUGAUUCCUUUAAGGCCAAGAAUUUCAAUACUUGGACCCAUCCAGUAGUAUGCAUGUUUUUAGAGUUUUUGGUACAUAUUGCUAGGUGUCUCCAGAGGCAUUGCCAUCGCUGCACUGUUAGUAUCACAUCCGAGGGCACCUGCUUCCCAUCAGACUUCCCAACAUUGCAUAUUUAACGUUUUCUUUCCUUUUUCCAUGUACAAAAUUCGCAAAGGAUUUGGAAGGACUUGGCUAUGUUAAGAACUCUGUUAAGGGGCGCCUGGGUGGCUCAGUUGGUUAAGCGACUGCCUUCGGCUCAGGUCAUGAUCCUGGAGUCCCUGGAUCGAGUCCCGCAUCAGGCUCCCUGCUCGGCAGGGAGCCUGCUUCUCCCUCUGACCCUCCCCCCUCUCAUGUGCUCUCUCUCUCUCAUUCUCUCUCUCUCAAAUAAAUAAAUAAAAUCUUUAAAAAAAAAAAAAAGAACUCUGUUAAGGCUAAAAAACAGGAAGCCCAACUGUCAAAUAAAAGAUUCAAAGGCAGUAUAAGCUUUAGGAAGCUUUUGAAGUACUUCUAGAAACUCUUUGUUCCCAGGCUUGAAGUAUAGGCAAUGAAUUGCUGACCCUUUGCUUGUCCCAGCAAUAAAAAAAUUUCGGGGUGGGGGAGCGGUGGCUCAGUCGGUUAAGCGUCCAACUCUUGGUUUCUGCUCAGGUCAUGAUCUCAAGGGUCGUGGGAUUGAGCCCUGUGUGGGGCUGCACGCUCAGCGCAGAGUCCGCUUGGAAUUCUUUCUUCUCUCCCUCUGCCCCGUCCCCCCACCCCUCAAAUAAAUAAUCUUUUUUUUAAGAUUUAUUUUUAAAUUUAUUUAUUUGACAGAGAGAGAGACAGCGAGAGAGGGAACAGAAGCAAAGGGAGUGGGAGAGGGAGAAGCAGGCUUCCCGCGGAGCAGGGAGCCCAAUAUGGGGCUCGAUCCCAGGACCCUGGGAUCAUGAACUGAGCCGAAGGCAGACGCUUAACAACUGAGCCACCCAGGUGCCCCAAAUAAAUAAAUCUUUAAAAAAAAAUGCUCAUAUUCGUUCCUCUUGGAAAGAACCAAGGCUUUGACCCAAAGGUGUGUGUGCCUGCUUCUAUGUGUGCACUUACAUGCUCUAUGGAUGCAAGGGAGGGCAGGAGGUAGAGGGACUCAGGAGGAAAUGGAGUGGAGGAUCAAGCUUUGAUGGAGGAGGGUUGGGGAGGUGCCAAAUCUCACUGGCUGCUAGGGCUUCAGUGGUGAGAUGUGAUCAUCCUUUACCCCAUGCUAUAUCAUAAACCAGUAUUUAUUGUCCUGCUAGGGAUCUCCCGACUUGGCUCUCUCUCUCUCUACUCCCUUCCUCCUCACUUCCAUGCCUCCUUUUCUUCUUUCAUGAAGGUUCUCUCACUAUAAAACCUGAAAAUAUACUUACUGUAGAUGAAAUAAAAAGAACAUUUGAUACAUUGGAAACAUGCACCGAGUCCUGGCUCCACUUAAUUUCCUUCUCUGGAGAAUGGGGAUGAAAAUGCCUGCCCGAAAAUUUCCCUGGUUGCUUUUGGUUUCAAAGGGCAUAAUGUGUAGAGAGAACUUUGUAGCAUCAGGAAAGCACACAAUUUUUUCCAAAGCUAUUACAGAUAAAGAAAGAGCAGCUUGCCCAAGAAUUAAAGAGACUUGGUCGUGAGUUAGUAACUGUGUCAAAAUUAUACCUUGGAGCAUAAAAAGAAGCAAGAAUGAAUAUGCAAGUACUGAAAACAAUUUAAGGAACCCGCUUUAUUAACUCUGGCUCAGAAUGGAAUAUUCAGAUGAAGUGUUUAUCUAAACUAGAGAUGACUCAAGGCUUCUCCUCUUUUUAUAUGUCAAUAUUUUAUUUAAAAAGAAAAUCAAAUUCUUGAUCAGAAUAUUUUAAGUAGUUUACAAAAAUAAACCUGAAAGAAACAGCUUUAAUUUACAGCAGUGAUUCUUAACUUGGGCUGACUUUACCCCCAGGGUUUGCACAGCAAGGUCUGGACACAUUUGGUUUAUUACAACUGGGGGCAUGCUACUGGCUUUGAGGAUGCAGCAGCCCCCCAACACUAAGCACCCCAAAAUGUCAGUAGUGCUGACGUUGAGGAAAAAUGUGCCUGACAUUGUAUUAUAGAAUAUCUGGUUGGUAAUUUAUCUAUAUAGCACAUAUUUUAUCACAAUGCAAGUUGCAAUGUUAAAGUUUUAUGCCAUAUAACGGUGCCUAUUGGGACAGAAAACUAAAGGGGCAGGGAAUGUACAUAUAUUACUGAUAAGACAUCUGGUGCAUAAUUCUGUUACCCCCAAAUCUGAUCAAAGAGCCAGAAAUUUUUCUGGUUAAGGUUUAUUCCUGCCUCUUUUUUUUUCUUUUUCUUUUUUUCCCCAUUCUGCAUGUCUUUAUUUUCACAUCUGAAGAAAUAGAGCUUUAGUUUCUGGGAAGGACAGAUACCUAAUAGGAUAGAUACCUAUUUCUGAAUCAGUACUGAGCAGUAUUACAUAAUACAGUGUAUAUUUUAGUAACACAUCUCUAGUUAAAGUCAGGAUGAUUGACUUAAUGUAAGCUAAAUAUAAAUUCUCAAAUAAUCAUAUUUGAGUGUUCAAGUAUUUUUGGUUUAAGCAAUAAACUUAAUAGCUAGUGAAGACAAUUUACAUAGGAAAGAAUGCUGCAAUGGGAGAAUUAGGAAAUAUCUUUCUCGUUAUCAGCUAGGUAAUGAUUUAGGUUAUGUAAAUUUAUCUGGGUCUCAGUUUUCACAUCUACAAAAGGAGAAAUGAACUAAAUGAUUGGUAAAUUUCUCUCCAGCUGCAAAAUUUGGUGACCCUAAAUCAGUGUUGAAUUGGUAGGUUUUUAAAGGAACCAGAUUAGGGGCACCUGGGUGGCUCAGUCAGUUGAGCAUCCACCUCUUGGUUUCCACUCAGGUCACGGUCUCAGGGUCAUGGUCUCAGCGGUGGGAUCAAUCCUGGAGUUGGGCUCCAUGCUAAGUGCGGAGUCUGCUUGAGAUUCUCUCUCUCUCCCUCUGCCCCUGCCCUCACGGGCUCAUGCACUCUCUCAAAUAAAUAAAUCAAUCUUAAAAAAUAAAUAAAUAAAGGAACCAGGUUAUACUUCCUGACAAGAAAAAAUAAUCCCUUAGAGUUUAGCUCUGUUGGAGCUUACUAUCUUCCCCACACCCUCAGCCUAUCUCCCCAGGAGUCCUUUCUCAAAGUGAAUACUAAUACAAUUAAUAUGAAUUCAAUUAAUACACAUCACUACUGUUGUACUGUUUUUGAACCAAAAGACAUAAUGAUUAUGAUGUGACAAUGAUGAGGAAGAAGACAAUGCCAUCGGUCAGUGAUAAACACUGACUGGAAGAGAUUAUGAUUUAUUUAAAAGGUGUGUUACUUCUCAACCAAGCUUCUGUUGCUGCUGGGCCUUUAUGAAGAUCCCAAAGAGACACGCAACAGGGUAACAAGCCACUUGAUUCAAACUGAACUCUGAAUCAGAAAUGAUCGUGCACAGCCCCUAAUCUCAUAAACCCAGAAUGCAAAUACAAGUUUUGAAGACUCAAACUUAAAAAAAAUUUAAAAAAAAGACUAAAUUAAACUAUUGAUUCUAUUGAAGUUUAUAAAACACUAUUUUUAUGGAAUUUACUGUGUUACCAGCAGAUGUCAGUGCAACCUAAUUAACAUUUUUAGCAGCUCAAAUACCUGCCAGUAAACUGAGUGAAAAGAGUCUUAAAAUAGCAAAGUUAACAACCGACUGUCAAUGUUUUUGAUUAAGAAUAUCUUCUUCAGUGGAGCUACAGGAUGAUAUCAGUCCUUCAGAAGUUACUUAGCUAAGUGGGCCCUGGCCUAGGUAAAUCAUAUUACAUAAGUUGUAACACAUUGGUAAUUGUCAUCAUAAUUUACGUGACAAUAGCAUUUCUCAGUGACCUAUAAAAAACAUGAUCUUAAUUAAGUACAAAAUGCUAAUCUGUGGUUAAGCAUAAGAAUAACAGUAUUUUAAAAACCCACACAUCAUAGACACUAGCACCAAACAAAACUCAUUUGUGUCUGUGUGGCAUAUUUACAACCCCUGAAGAAACACAUUAAUUCCUAAUGAAUCCUAAAAUAUCUAUAGUGUGAUACCAUUUGUUUUGUAGAAUGUAGACUUUAGCUUUUAGCAAAAGUUGUUAAUCUAAUGGCAGUAACAGCAGUGCCUAUUAUGUGAGGAACACUCACCUUAUCCCAUGUAAUUUUUGUAAUUUUGAUACCUGUAUCUCCCACAUUCGAGGGUUCAGUAAGUGACAUUCAGGGAGGUUAAGUAAUUUGCCUAAUAAAUAAAGGUUGCACAGCAAGUCAAAGUGACAGACUGCAGCUGGUUCCAAGGCUAUACUCUUCUCUUAAUGCAAUAUUCUUACCUCUAGAAAUACUAUUUCAUGAGCCUCAUGAACUAGCCUUUCGUUGUUGCUUUCUCAUCACGCUUAGAGUUGAAGCUAUAUUUUGCACAAGAGUUCUACGACAAUAUGGGACACAAUUAGAAUUAGUCUAAGAUAAGGUAGAAUAAAGAAAUACUUACAAAAUUACUUUUAAAAAGCGAAAGCCAGCUUCUUAUAAAGUUAAAUAUGCACUUUCCAUAUAACCUAACAAUCCCAUGCCUGGAUACUUACUGAAGAGAUAUGAAAAUUUAUAUCCACACAAAGGCCUAUAGACAAAUGUUUACUGCAACUUUAUUCAUAACCAUCAAAAGCAGAAAACAACUCAAAUUUCCAACUAGUUAAAGGAUAAACAUAAUUUGGUUUAUCCACAUAUUAGAAUGCUUUUCAGCAAUAAAAAGGAACAGACUACUGAUAUAUGCAGCAACAUGGCUGAAUCUCAAAAUCAGUUAAGCCAAGUGAAAGAAGACAGACACAAAAGAUUCCAUGUAUAUGACAUUCUGGAAAAGGCAAAACUAUAGAAACAGGAAACAGAUUGGUGGUUGUCAGGGCCUGGGGGUUGGAGGGGGGAAUUGACUAUACAAAGGGCAUGAAGAAAAUUUGGGGGCUGAUAGGAACAUUCUAGAUCUUGUUUGUGGUGGUGGUGGUGGUGGUGUGACAAAAUAUAUUUAUCAAAACUCAUAAAACCAUACCCUUAAAAUUGGUGAAUUUUAUUUCAUGUAAAUUUUGCCUCAAUAAACCAGGCUUUUUUUUUUUUUAAGUAAACAAUAUUUGACAAAAUUCAACAUACAUUUAUGACAAAAACUCUCAACAAAGUGCGUAUAGAGGGAAUGUAUCUCAGCAUAAUAAAGGCCAUAGAUGACAGGUUCACAGCUAACAUCAUACGCAGUGGUGAAAGGUUUAAAGCUUUUCCUCUAAGAUCAGAAAUAAGAAAAGGAUGCCCACUCUCCCCACUUUUAUUCAAUGUACUAUUGGAAGUCCUAACCACAACAAUUAGUCAAGGAGAAGAAAUAAAAGACUCAUACAAAAUAUUAGUAAUGUCAUUAGCAGGAAAAUUUAUGAAAAGUUGAGUCCAAUAACGAGAGAUAGAAGAGAAGUUAACAACCUAAACUCUUGCCCUGGAAUAUCUUGCCUAGUCUGGGAACGCAGGAGAACAGAAACCAGGGCUCUAGUAGCAAAUGGCCAACCCACUUGCAUGUGACCUUGAGUGAGGCAUGACUUCUCUCCAAAUCUUAUCUAACUCACCGGUAAAGAAAUUGCAAUAAAUAUUUAAAUUCUUUGAACUUUUUGAACUUCUCAAGCCAGAAAAACAAAACAAGGACUGCAUUUGCCAUUCGGAAAAAAUCUCCCCCUUGCAGGUCUAAUAUGUAAUUCCUUUGGUAGAGAAACGGAGUUAAUAAAACUAGCUUUAUUACUCACCAUUCCUUUGGAGAGGGAAAUUUUAUAAUUUGGCCAGCAGGGGUCAUGCAUUCAUCUAGGAAAAACUGACAAUUCUUCAUAUCAAAAUGCUUUUCAAAUUAAUGUUUCCCUAAUAUUUUCGUCUGUGUUGAUUAUGAAUAUUGUUUGUACAAAUGCGUAGAGGAAGGAAAAUGUCCUAAAUAUUCAACCAUUUUCUCAGUUCUAAUAAAAUAUGGUAAUUAAAUCUA